AAAAUAAUCAACGCGCUGUCUCUAUCAGUAAAAGAAUCGCACAAGUGGAUUUAUAUUGUUUUAAAGAAGAUUUUUUGCUUUCUUAUUGUGAAAAUUUGCUUUUUUAUGCAACUUAACAUUCAUAGUUUUUGUGUGGAAAGUUGAAUUGCAUAAUUCUUCACUGGCUAAAAUUAUUUUGUCUGCAAAGACAUCCGGAUACUGCCGUGCAACAACUUUGCCAAGAGUUAAAUUAUUGCGUCUGCCACUUCUCAUAACUAGCAAAGGUUUGGAAAAUUGGACCAGCUCCUGGCUCCGACAUAGAAAGGCCUGCCCUUGACCACAAAAAAUCUCUUGCAAAACUACAGCAUUUCUGUCUGCUUGUCUGGAUUGUAGCCUUCCUUUGUUUGAUAUAAAUAAGAAGGGAAUCAAAAAAGACCAAUAUGGAUAACAACGAAGACUCAGUUGAAUGCCCACUUUGCAUGGAGCCCCUUGAGGUCGAUGAUUUGAACUUCUUUCCUUGCACAUGCGGGUAUCAAAUAUGCCGAUUCUGCUGGCACAGGAUACGCACCGAUGAGAAUAAAUUGUGUCCCGCAUGUCGCAAGGAGUAUACGGAGAAUCCCGCGGAUUUUACGCCGCUAACUCAAGAGCAAAUUCUUGCUUUCAAGUCGCAGAAGAAACAACGCGACCAAAAGCGUAAGCAAAAGGUACGCGUGACUGAGAACCGCAAGCAUUUGUCGAAUGUCAGAGUGGUGCAAAAGAAUUUAGUAUUUGUCGUUGGUUUGCCGCCACGAUUGGCCGAUGCCGAGGUACUCAAGAAGCAUGAGUACUUUGGCAAAUAUGGUAAGAUCCAUAAAGUUGUGAUAAAUCCGAGUACCGCAUACGCUGGGGUACAGGGUCCGUCUGCUUCGGCCUAUGUCACUUAUGUACAGAAUAAUGAUGCUCUGAGAGCCAUACAAAGUGUCAAUACCCGUAAUAUAAUAAUAGAUGGCAGACUUAUAAAAACUAGUUUGGGUACAACAAAGUAUUGCAGUCAUUUUAUGAAGAAUCAAGUGUGUCCCAAAGGCGAUUGUAUGUAUCUGCAUGAGUUGGGUGAUCCAGAGGCUAGCUUUACGAAGGAGGAAAUGCAUCAGGGGAAACAUCAAGAAUAUGAGAAACGCUUACAUGACGCAUUAGUUGUGAGUUCAAACAGUGCUAAUACGAGCGGUUCAAGUGAAUCAGGUCAAGCAAAUGGUAGUGGUGGUGUGCCUGUGUGGGGAAGUAAUAGCGGUGAAAGUAAUCACGGCAGUGUUAACAAAAAUGGUAAAACAAAUUCCAGUUCGCCUCCGCAGGCGACAACUUCGUCUGGUGUAUCCUCACCCUCAUUACUAGCGGCGCCUAAUGGGGCUUCGCCGGAAAGCGCAACAGAUCCUUGUCCUACCUUGUCACAUUCACCAGUUAAUAGAGACCCUGUAACAACGAGUUCUGGUGAGGCUAAAAAUAAAAAGGAGAGGGGUAGACACGAAAAAGUUAAAAAUGACAAAAGUGCAAAAUCAAAAAAUAAAAAUAGUUCAAAUGAUGUCAAUAAAGGUUACGUUCUUAAUGCACAGCGGGAAAAUAGCAGUCAUAAUAGUGAUGUCAAAGAUAGCUCGGAAUCGUCAUCUGCUGAUGGUAAUGCGUCAAUAUUCGACAGCCCCGUCCAAGAAGGUAACGUUACACCAAAUAAUAUUAGUUGCAGUACAACAAAGGGCAAAAUAAGUAAGCCGAAGGCUUCGAAGAAAAAUGUCGACGAAAUCGACAUUAAGCCAAUUGAGGACUGUCAGAAUAAUUUUGGUGGAAACGAGAGUGAUAAGGUCGAAAGUGAAAGUAGCAAUAAUAUAAAUACAACAUCAGAACUUUUCGAAAGUCCAGAAGUAUCAGGAAACGAACUAACUGAUAGCAAGGAGACUGAAACUAGCGAAGGAGAUGAUUUGUUGGCGGAUAAAUCGUUUGAAGAUACUAGUUUAAAUACUGAGGAAAGCGAAGAUCUUGUUAAUACAAAAGCAGCACUUUCACAACUAAAUCCAUUCGAUAACAAGUUAAUGCCAUUGUUCUCUCCUGGCACAACUCUGCAAAAUCCAAACAGUUCAGAAGACAAAGUCGAAGACUUGUCCAAUCAAAUGAAUAAUGUAAAAAUAUCACCAUUGCCCGAUUUAUUAAAGGGCAUUGAAGAGCAGCAGUUUCAACAAGUACAUCCUCAUCAACAGAAAGAACUGGCACGACUACUCGAAUUACACAAACAAAAUAGUUUAUUUGGCAAUUUGAAUUUAUUACAGCCUAAUUUACCACCAAGUGGUGUGCAAAACCAUUUCGGCAGCUUAUCUGAGAUUGGGCAAUCGCCACUAACAACUUUGGAGCACGCAUCAGAACUUCUCUUGAGUCAAAAUCUGUAUGGCAUAAAUAUGUCGAAAUUUUUUGAUUUUCAUAAGAAUCAGCAAUUACAGUUGCAGCAACAUUGCGGCAACAAUGAUCAGCCUCUUAUGAAUGGAAGCAAUACGAUUUUAGAAAAUACCUCGAAUCCCUAUCAGUUUAUGCAACACUCGGGUCUAACGGGUUUGCAGCAGCAACAACAACAACAGCAACAGCAGCAACAACAACAGCAGCAGCAACAACUUCAACAUCAACAGAACCAGCAAAAACAUAGGGCUCUUGGGCAACUUGACUCAAUGUUGGCGUUGCAACAACACCAUUCUACCAUACAGACGCCACAACAUAAUUUGCUGCAAAAUCACAGUCGAAUGCAAAAUGAAUUUUCCAGUAAUGCCUUUGUUGACGACGAUUUGGGAUUCGAUCCGUUCACAGAAACGCAAAAGGGUUUGGCUGAGCUGAUGGAAAAUGAAAUAGUUAAACCACAGCACCCUAAACCCAACAUCAACACCAUUCGUGUAGGCGCCGAAACCAAUAUGAUGCACCAACACCCACUACAACAUCAACAACACAACAUUGAUAAUAUGCAACGUGCUCGCAUGCCCCCACCGGGCUUUAAUCAUAUGAAUUCGUUUGGAUUAAAUGCACCACGAGAGCACAAUACAAGCAAAAUGAUGCCAUUCCCAAAUAUGGGAGUAGGUAAUAGGGGACAUUUAAAUGAUAUUCCACAUUUGUCCGUUUUCAACGCUUGGGAUUCACAUUUGCAAUCGCCACGACAUCAAUUACCAAACUUUGGUGAAAUGCAGGCACAUCAAAUGAAUCAAAAUAAUCGAAAUGCCGGUAAUUUGGGUAAUGACUGGACUGCAAUGGAUCCGGCCAUACUAUCUUUCCGGCAAUUCCCAUCGGGCCCUCAGCCAUCUCAAAUGCUUCAUCAUCAUCAACAAAAGGAUUUGUUUGCUCCACAUUUGGCACAACAACAGCAGCAAAACAGUUUCGGCAACCAAGUUCAUGGCGGCGCAAAUAUGCACAUGCCAAACAACCAGAUGAACCCCCAGUCUGCCGCUCAAGCGCAGGUUAAUGCUAAUGUUCAAGGAAUGUUGGAAUAUCUAAAAAAUAAUCAAUUAUUUUAAGCGACAGGAAAUUAUAACGAAAUUGUAAAACUAUUGCUUUUAAACAAUAAAUCUAUCGCUUGCUUAUCUUUUGUUGGUUUAAUAGA